AUGAGCGGCGGCGAAGUGGUGUGCUCGGGAUGGCUCCGCAAGUCCCCCCCGGAGAAAAAGUUGAAGCGUUAUGCAUGGAAGAGGAGAUGGUUUGUGUUACGCAGUGGCCGUUUAACUGGAGAUCCAGAUGUAUUGGAAUACUACAAAAAUGAUCAUGCCAAGAAGCCUAUUCGUAUCAUUGAUUUAAAUUUAUGUCAACAAGUUGAUGCUGGAUUGACAUUUAACAAAAAAGAGUUUGAAAACAGCUACAUUUUUGAUAUUAACACUAUUGACCGGAUUUUCUACUUGGUAGCAGACAGUGAAGAGGAGAUGAAUAAGUGGGUUCGUUGUAUUUGUGACAUCUGUGGGUUUAAUCCUACAGAAGAAGAUGCUGUGAAACCACCUGGGCCCUCCUUGCAAGCACCAGCUGAUUUACCUUUAGCUGUAAAUACAGCACCAUCCACACAGAUGGAUUCAUCCUCUGCUCCUCUACCUCCUCCAUAUCAGCUAAUUAACCUUCCACCACACCUGGAAACUCUUGGCAUCCAGGAGGAUCCUCAAGACUACCUCUUGCUAAUCAACUGUCAAAGCAAGAAGCCUGAACCCAUGAGAACACAUGCUGACUCUGCAAAAUCCACCUCUUCGGAAACAGACUGCAAUGAUAACGUCCCUUCUCAUAAAAACCCUGCUUCUUCCCAGAGCAAACAUGGAGUGAAUGGCUUUUUUCAGCAGCAAAUGACGUAUGACUCUCCACCAUCACGCGCUGCAUCUGUUUCUGUAGAUUCCAGCCUUUAUAACCUUCCCAGGAGUUAUUCCCAUGAUGUUUUACCAAAGGUGUCUCCAUCAAGCACUGAAGCAGAUGGAGAACUCUAUGUUUUUAAUACCCCAUUUGGGACGUCGAGUGUAGAAACUCAAAUGAGGCAUGUAUCUAUUAGUUACGACAUUCCUCCAACACCUGGUAACACUUACCAGAUUCCACGAACAUUUCCAGAAGGAACCUUGGGACAGACGUCUAAGCUAGAGACUAUUCCAGAUAUUCCUCCACCUCGGCCACCAAAACCACAUCCAGCUCCUGACCGAUCUCCUGUGGAAACGUGCAGUAUCACACGCACGACCUCGGACACUGAGAGUAGUUACUGUAUCCCUCUAGCAGGAGUGCCACCAUCACGUAGCAAUACCAUUUCCACUGUGGAUUUGAACAAAUUACGAAAAGAUGUUAGCUCUCAAGACUGCUAUGAUAUACCACGAACAUUUCCAAGUGAUAGAUCUAGUUCACUUGAAGGCUUCCACAACCAUUUUAAAAUCAAAAAUGUGUUGACAGUGGGAAGUGUAUCAAGUGAAGAACUGGAUGAAAAUUACGUUCCUAUGAAUCCCAACUCCCCACCACGGCAACAUUCCAGCAGUUUUACGGAACCGAUACAGGAAGCAAAUUAUGUGCCAAUGACACCAGGGACAUUUGAUUUUUCUUCAUUUGGCAUGCAAGUUCCUCCUCCUGCUCAUAUGGGCUUCAGAUCCAGCCCAAAGACCCCUCCCAGAAGGCCAGUGCCUGUUGCAGACUGUGAACCGCCCCCUGUGGAUAGGAACCUCAAGCCAGACAGAAAAGGUCAAAGUCCUAAAAUUUUAAGACCCAAACCCCAUGGUUUAGAGCGAACUGAUUCACAAACCAUAGGUGACUUUGCUACAAGAAGAAAGGCCAAGCCAGCACCUUUAGAAAUAAAACCUUUGCCAGAAUGGGAAGAAUUACAAGCUCCAGUUAGAUCUCCCAUCACUAGGAGUUUUGCCCGAGACUCCUCCAGGUUUCCCAUGUCCCCCCGACCAGAUUCCGUGCACAGCACAACGUCAAGCAGUGACUCGCAUGACAGUGAUGACCAUUAUGUUCCCAUGAACCCAAACCUGUCCAGUGAAGACCCACAAAAGAGCAGUGGCUCAGGCAGCAGUGUAGCAGAUGAGAGGGUGGAUUAUGUUGUGGUUGACCAGCAGAAGACCCUGGCACUGAAGAGCACCCGGGAAGCCUGGACUGAUGGGAGACAGUCCACAGAGUCUGAAACACCCACCAAGAGUGUGAAAUGA